AUGCCAAGCAACACGACUCCGUCAGCUACACAGAAUGCUGCGCCUGCCGCGCGUGAGAAGCCGCGCCAAUCUCUUACGAAACGCUACCGCAUCGAAAUCGCCGCCAGCAGCUCCAGCGCCUUUUCAACCCUCGUCGCGUUUCCUCUCGACAGCGUCAAGACUCGCAUGCAGACGUAUCAGUACCGUGGCUUUCUCGAUUGUGUGAAGCAAACUUACAAAACGGAAUCUUUGGGUGGCUUCUUUCGCGGUGUGACGGCCCCCAUGGCUAGCAUUACUCUCGUACGGACGGUCUCAUUCUCAAUAUAUCAGCGAGCGAAACAUGCCUACGCCGGGUGGGUAAAACAGAAUAUGGGGUUCGACAUUCUGCGCUACGUCAACAAGCCAGGCAAUUACCCAAAUAUGUACUCAAUUGCCUGCUUUGGUGCGGCCGGUGCAACGGCUGGAGCUGUUAUACCCAUACUAGCCUGUCCGUUUGAGCUCAGCAAACUCAGUUCGCAAGUAGCCGUUUUGCUAGCAGAGCGUGGCGGAGCCAAGAAAACAAGCGCCGCCAUCGCCCAGAGCUAUCAGAACAAAGGCACUCUAAGGACCAUGGCGACCAUCGUAAAACACCGUGUGAGAGAUACUGUCGGCACGGGCAUAUACUUUAUGGUGUAUGAGAGUGGGAAGCAGCUCGGCACUACGCUUGCGGGAGACAGCAGCAACAAACUUGCUGUAGUAGCGGCCGGCGGCUCGUGUGGCCUUGUUUCCUGGGCCAUCAUAUAUCCUAUUGACUCGGCUAAGAGUAUAUACCAGCGCAACUCCCUUCUCUACGCGCGUGGCGAAAAGGUUGAACCUGCACCCAAAAUCACAUUCUUCAAGCGGGACAUGUAUCGGGGGUUGGCAGUUUCCAUGAGCCGCUCGUGCGUCGUCAAUGCCAUCUUCUUUUCGUCGUUUGAGUUCAUCAAAAAGCACAUCAAAGACAAUGGCUAA